GGAUUUUCAGGCUGUGGCUUGACAGAGCUGUCCUUUGAUGUCUCUCCUCUCACGAGCCCAUGUCUUCACGCCUGUCCUUCGACUGUGUCCUGCUGCUACUGCCGCUGCUGCUAACAAGGUCUUUGGAAGAGGCAUACCAAGCUGAAGUGGGCCAGAAUGCCAGCCUGCCCUGCAGCUACAUUCUACCUACCCCUGGCACACUUGUGCCCGUGUGUUGGGGUAAAGGAAAGUGUCCUUUGUCACAGUGUAGCAAUUUACUGCUCAACUCUGACAACAGUAAAGUGACCUAUCAGAAAUCUAGCAGGUACCAGCUAAAGGGGAAUUUUCACAAGGGAGAUGUAUCCUUGACCAUACAGAACGUGACCGUAGCCGACAGCGGGACCUUCUGCUGCCGCGUACAAUUCCCUGGCAUAAUGAAUGAUCAAAAAUUAAACCUGGAGUUGAUCGUCAAACCAGCCACAGUCACUCCUCAGAUAGCACAGAGAGACUCCACGACAGUCCUUCCCAGAAGGCUCACCAUCGAGGGGCGUGGCCCAGAGACACAGACGCUGCGGACCCUCCAGGAUAGAAAUGAAACGCAACUGUUCACACUGACUGAGGAGCGUCAAGACUCUGCAGCGGCCACCAGACUGGGUGCCUACGUGGGAGCCGGAGUGGCUGCUGGGCUGGCUCUCACACUGAUUGUCGGGGCUCUAGUCCUAAAGUGGCAUUUUCAUAGGAAAAGGCAGUUGCAGAGCUCAAGCCUCAUCACGCUGGCCAACCUCCCUCCCAUGGGCUUAGUGAAUGCAGUCUCAGAGAGGAUGCGCACAGAGGAAAACAUCUACACCACCGAGGAGAACGUAUAUGAAAUGGAAAAUUCGAAUGAGUAUUUCUGCUAUGUCAGCAGCGGACAGCCCUCAUGAGCACCUCUGGGUGGCCACUCUUUCAUGCUGGAUCCAUCCCUUCAUUUUGCACCUUGCUAUUGUCCUUUUAUGAGACUUGUCAGCUAACAAGUUUUGGAGGUUCUGCCCACUGCCCCUGAAAAGAGGAUUCCCAUUUUAUAAAUAUAAUUAGCUUAUGUGGAGACCAACCGUGACCUAUGCUGAAUUGAAGUCCGUCAUGACCUCUGUAUUCCAGCCCAGAAAUCACCAACCAUGGAUG